AUGAAGAAAUCGGUACAUCUGGCCUCUCAGGAUCUUCUUCAGUCACUCUCAGCCCUGGUUCAAUCUUUCAGAUCAUCUCUUACAGCGCACAGAAAUACACAAACGGAGAUGGCCAAAUCUGAACUCGAACAGAUUAAAGAGUUGCAACUGCAUGUCAAAGAGAGGAACGACGGACUGCUUGAGGUACAAUCAGAGAUUCAUAAACUGCAGUUGAAGGCCAAAGAGAAUGACAAGGUGCUUAAGCUGCAACUAGAGGUGCUACAACUGCGACAAGAAUCCAAAGAAAAGGAUGAAAAGAGCACUUGUUUGCUAUGUCAAACCCUUGACAAGCCAGCCAUCAUCCAGAAGCAUACUAAUCAAACUCCUAACAGAGUUGCCAUCCUUCAAAAGCAUGCUAAAUCAAUACUCGCCCAGAACUUUGAGAUAUACGACACCAAGUGGGACCCAACGAAUGUCCUGAGAAACAAGAUCCGUCUUCAUUUCCUCUGUGAAAGUGGAGAGUACACCGUCGAGGCAAACAAGAGCAUUCAAACCCCAAUCCAUAUCACCAAUCAUGAAGAAUAUGAAAUCAGAAACAGCACUGAGUUCUUCCGCAAGUAUGGAAAACACAUGGUGAUCCUUUUAGAGUGGCUCAAGUUGAAGAUGCUCUCUCCUACUUCUCUGAUACCUCCCCCACACCUGACUGAUGCCGCUAUCGAUAAAUCACUCGAGUACAUGCAAGUGCUCUCUAUCGAGUAUCCAGUCUUGAGCAGCAUCAACAUAGUUGAUGACUAUGAAGCACUUGAAGGGACAGACCUCCAACAACUUAGCACAUUCCUUCAAAUCGACGGCAAGGACAAACAACUUGGUGAUAUGUACAGGACCACAACUGCAACAGGUCACGCCAAAUGGGUUUGUUUUGACCACUAUCGUUUGACGUAUAAAGAGAAAGAACAGAAAGAGCUCGAAAAUGUAAUUGAGGCGAAUGGUGACGAAUAUGACAAGCAUCUUGGCAAAGUAGUCAUCGAACUGGGAUCUGGAUCCCCAGUUAAAAAGCUCUGCAAUGCUCUGGCCGAUGCAAGAUGUGAUUAUGAGUUAAAUAUUACAUCCAUCUGGAGUUGGUCCGAGGCUGAUCUUGUAGCGCUUGAGAAUACACUAAAGGUGCCAAAUGUAUCGAUUCUUCGACUUGAACUUGCUUGGUUUCAAGAAAGAAGCAGGGGAAAUGCAGUUUCAACAUCCGCACCUUAUGAAAUACUUGUCCGCAUCAUGGAGCUUAGCAACAUGAGAAUGAUUCGCAUUGCUCUAAUGUCGAACCUCAUAGAGCUUUCUCGUUUACAACCCAAGAGUUUGUCACAUCUUCAUGAGUUAUCCUUAGUGCUACGGCCUCGAGGGCUUGAAACUAAUGAUUUCCGAACACUUGCGGAUUCACUCAAGACCAACACCACUGUAACCACGUUGGACUUGUGGGACAACUCAAUUGGGAAUGAAGGAGCCUUCGCACUGUCAAAAGCACUCAAAAUUAACAAGGCGUUGACCACUUUAGAUUUGGCUCUCAACUCAAUCGAGAAAGAAGGAGUUCUGGCAAUGUCAGGGGCACUCAAGAUUAACGAGGCUUUGACCACUUUGAGCUUGAGAGGGAACCCGGUAGAGGAUGGAGGAGCUCUGGUACUGUCAGAGGCUCUCAGGAUUAACACAACUUUAACCACUUUGGACUUGGAGAAUGCCUCAAUUAAGAAGGAAGGAGCUCUAGCACUGCCGACGGCGCUCAAGGUUAACACAACCUUGAUCUCUUUAAAUUUGAAUAGUAACCCGAUUGGGAAGGGAGGAGUUCUGGCACUGUCAGAGGCGCUCAAGGUUAACACGGUUUUUAGCACUUUGAGCUUGGGAUUUAACUCAAUCGGGAAUGAAGGAGCUGUGGCGCUAUCAGAAGCACUUAAGGCUAACAUGGCUUUAACCACUUUGAACUUGCGCUGCAAUGAAGUUGAGACUGAAGGAGCACUAGCAUUGUCAGAGGCACUCAAGGUUAACAAGACGUUAACCUAUUUGAAUUUGAGUUUGAACUCAAUCGGGAAUGAAGGCGCUUUGGCACUAUCAGAGGCACUCAAAGUUAAUUCGACUUUAACCGUGUUGAACUCGAGGGCAUCAGUUGUAGCCAAGGGGUUCUGA